AUGGAAAAAGGACCGAUAGAAGCUCCUAUAAAAAUCUCUGAACCGUUGAUAACGAUUCCGAAUCCGAGGGCUCUGCAAAGAGAGCGUCCUAUUGCGCAAGCAACUGUUCCUUCGGUACCUGGACAACCAAAUUAUUCUCAAUUAAUGAAACCUGCGGAAGCAACUGUUCCGCCAGUACCUGGACAAUCAAAAUAUACUCAGUUACUGAACGUUAUUGAGGAACUUGGUAGCGAUAUUCGACCUGCAUAUGCCAGCAGUCGUUCGUCUGCUGAACGGAUAAAACGUGGACUUGUUCACGCUCGAAUGCUAGUCAAAGAAUGCCUUGCUGAAACCGAAAAAAGCGCUCGCCAGUAG